ACGCCACCCAUUUGUAAACAUUAGGUAACUCAUGUUAUCUCGGCCGCAGCGUUACAUAGCCCCUCGAAAUGUUCAGACUUUACCGAAUAGCAGGAGUUUUGUGCAGAGACCUGAGGACAAAUAAGAUAUGCAAUUCACUAUGUCAUUCCCAGUAUAUAGAGAGCAGAGUGAGCGCAAAUAAUACAAAUGCAUUGUACCGGACUCUUCACUAUUCAUGUAAAAGUGCUCCGACCCUCCUCAGGAUACUCGCCCCAAGCGGGAGUCAGCCUUUGGCAUUGUCAUCUACUCAAGUAUUUAACACCCAAGUAUAUUUGACGAGGGGGAUCCAUCAGAGUCAGAAGGCCUUCAAUAAUGACUUUGGUAGCAAGCCUAUGAGUCAAGGUACAAAAUCGACUUUAUACUAUAUUGCUGCAGUGGGAGUUUUAGCACUUGGUCUAAGUUACGCAGCAGUUCCACUCUACCGAAUAUUUUGUCAGGCAUACAGCUAUGGAGGGACCACCCAGCAAGGUCAUGAUGCUGACAAGGUUGAAUCCAUGCAGAAAAGAGAAGAUCGUAUCCUGAGAAUUCGCUUUAAUGCAGACACAGCAGCUUCUAUGACAUGGAAUUUUAAACCACAGCAGAGCGAAAUAAAGGUUGCUCCAGGAGAAACAGCUUUAGCUUUCUACACUGCAAGAAAUCCUACAGAUCGUCCAGUUAUCGGUGUCUCCACCUACAAUGUUAUUCCUUUUGAUGCUGGUCUUUACUUUAAUAAAAUACAAUGCUUCUGCUUUGAAGAGCAGUUACUCAACCCCCAUGAAGAGGUACACAUGCCUGUGUUCUUCUACAUUGACCCAGAGUUUGCAGAUGAUCCCAAAAUGGAGGGCGUCGAUACAUUGACUUUAUCCUACACCUUCUUUGAAGCACGUGAAGGUGUGCCACUACCAAUCCCCAAUUUUGCAAGGAAAUAGUUUGAUGAUUAUUAUUAUAAUUAUUGUUAUCAUUAUUAAGAAGACACCUGGAAAUUUUUAACAAGUUUGCUCCCCACCCCAAAAAAAAUAUAUAUAUAUGCCAAGGUAUUGCAUAAAGCUUAAGCUUUUGCUUUAAUCAAUAAAGAUCUAAUUGUGACUGUGAGUCAGUUUGGUUGGUCUUUGGAAGGGAAUUUGAGGUUGGGAAGGUAAUUCAUGAUAGGUAAUGCCAUGAGAACUUGUUUUACACAUCCAGAAAAUUAUAUUACAAGCAAUGAUGUAACAGUAUUAUAAUCGGUAUCACAAUUAUAUAAUUCAUAGAAAUUUGAUUAUGUUACAUCUUAAUUCCUGAUUCAAACAACAAAUCAUUUGGAUUAUUUUACAGAAACCUAUAUUUUGCAUUGACAAAUAUCAAGAUCUUACUUUUUGUCAUGUAUUACCUAAUUUGAUAUGUUAAAAAAUAUAUCAGAGGUUGAAUUGCUCUGGCCCAAUCAAAAUACCAUAGGAAUAGAUUAAUUAGAUAGAGAAAGUUUCUUUUAAAUACAGAAGGUUUCUGUUGAGGAUAAUAUAAUUACCAAAAUAAUAGGGAAAUUCUGGAUACUUGUCAUAUAAGCAAGUUUAUUACUUGAAGAUAGUACUGGAAUAUUGCAACUUUCACAGGGGGAGAGUUACAGAGAAAUUUAUACAAAAAAGCUACUUGUGUAUAUAUGUAUAUUGCAUUAUCAUAAAUUAUUAAAUACACCAAAUAUGAUAUUGUUUCUAUUUCAUAGCGGUUUUUAUGAUUAUUUAAAGAUGUACAUAAACAAAUUAGAUGGUAAUUGUUGUUA